AUGUCCUCCCCAGAAUCAGAGCCACUCAGUGCAUUCGUCUCCUUCCCUUCGCCCUACACCCAAUCCCUCCUCGUCCAAGCGCUCGUCUCCACUCUUCCCUCGCUCACUUUGUCGCUGGUCCAGCCUCCCGAGGACCAACCCCCGGCUUUGCAAUGGGCCGACUAUGAUCUGAUGUCUUUCGACAUUCCUCACAAGAACCCUUCGAAAUACCUCAUCUCCUCAUACAUCUACCGCAAAGCCCUCAUCCGAAAACAUCAGCUUCACAACACUAUCACUGCCUAUCUCGCCAAAUGCUCUCACCGCCAAAUUCCUUCCAUCCUCUCCCCUUUACCCGAGACUUAUGAGGGUGAGACGCCUUUAGGAGGAGGCGCGCCGAAGGGGUGGAUUGUGGAUAUCCAGUUUGCGGAUGAGCUUGAUGAGCUCUUGAUGGAUGAUCUGUACGAGUUGGAUGAGGGGAUGAGGGCGAAUGAGGAGAAGGCGGAGGGGGAAAAGAGAUGGUGGAUCUUGAAGCCUGGGUUUGCCGACAGAGCGCAAGGUAUCAGGAUGUUUUCGAGUGAAGAGGAGCUGAGAUUCAUUUUUGCCGAGUUUGAACCUCCAUCCUCAGAUGAAGAAGACGACGAGGAUGAAGAUGGUGAUGAUGAGUCAGAAGACGGGGAAGAGGAAGAUGGCGAUGGAGACGAGGGUACUGGAGUCAUGACCUCUCAGCUGAGGCAUUUUGUCAUCCAAGAAUACCUCCCAAGACCACUACUCUUCGACAUCGCCCAAAUCCCCGGAGAACCUCCCGCCCCUCUGGAAGGCAACAAAUUUCAUCUCCGAGCCUACGUCUUGGUCACUGGUGCUUACAAAGUCUACUUGGCCAAUACCAUGCUCGCUCUUUUCUCUGGUGAACCUUACGGUCCUCCUAAAACUACAGAGGAUGGUGGCCUGGAUCUGAGGCCCCAUCUAACCAACACCUGUCUCCAGACCGACGCUUAUGGUGCCCCCGCACCUCCAGCAGACCUCGUCAAGCUCUUCUGGGAGCUCGAAGGCCUUACCGCCCUCUCUUCUUCCACCUCCCCAUCCCCUUCCGGCUCUUACGCCUACGACUCCCAUGGAAGUGUGACGAAAGAAUGGCUAAAGAGCACCUUUGCAAAGGUUGGCGAGGUCGUAAGCGAGACUGUCAAGGCUGGAGCCGAGUGUGGUAGCUUUGGGUUGCAGUUCAUGCCGAACGCCUUUGAGAUCUUUGGCGUCGACUUGAUUCUCUCUUUCCCUCCUGUCUCUCCCGCAAACGCUCUUCCCAUCCCCGUCGUCACCCUCCUCGAAUUCAACGCCUCACCCGAUUUCCACCAAUCCGGCGACCGUCUACGUCCCCAACUCCUCGACAUGUUCAAAGGCGUUAUCAAGCACUCUAUCGUCCCAUUCUUUGGUGUCGAGACUACAGACGAGGAAGAAGUCAGCAAAGAAAACCCGAUGAAGGUUGGAGAGGAGAAGUGGGGAUGGAGGCUGGUCGGCGAAGGCGAAGUCCGGGGAUCAGAAUGGUAG